CACAACGUUUUUAGAUUGACGACCCUCAAGAAUCAUGUUAUAAGAUGGUGGCAGUAUAUGUUUUCCUUAUUAUCUUCCUGGAUCUGGCUGCUGUUCAUUCAGCUGAAGCAGAUCCAUGUCUUGCACACAAACUCCUCGGGAAAAUGGAUAUACGAGGUGCCAUGUGUUCAAUUUCGGGAAAAGUCUACUGUGACCGACUCAUAGACGGCGGAUGGUACAAAGCCGUCUAUAAAGGGCUUCCAUUGGAUAUGCCGACAUCCUGUGUUAACCCUGCUUCAUGUGGAACAGGCUUUCCAAUAUGGCUGAAUGGUAAUCUACCAACGGUAACCGAGGGCGUUGUACAGAGACAGGCCUGUGUACGCGGUCUGGUUGGCGGGGACUGUUGUAUCAGACAGUAUAAUAUAAGCGUGAAGAACUGCGGAGUAUACAACGUCUACAACCUUCCUUACACAGUAGCUUGUGAUGAGGCUUACUGCUUCGGUGAUCAUGACUGUGGUAUUUCAGUGACCAAGUCACCGUCAUCAGUUCUGAUGUCAAGUACGAUCACGGCAACGUCUUUUCCUACCAGUCAAGAAAGUGUCCAAGGGAAUGUCGCGCCCUGGAGUCCACAUUGCAAAAACAGAGCAGACAUAGCAGCGAUCGUGGCGGGGUGUCUUUGUUCUGCCGCUGUUGGCAGCUUGAUCACUUUCCUAGUGUUGUACAGGUGUGAUGGAACACGCAGGGGGAAAGUCUUCUUAAACAACCCCGAGAUCAAGUCAGGAGAUCCAUUUUGCUACAGUGUCUUCAAAAGUAAAGAUGAAAGUAAAGCUGAUAUUACAGAAUUUACAGUAGAAGACUGUAUCUCCUGUACAUUGCAAACAAUAUCCCACAAAUAAUUGACCAGACACUAUCAGUGACUUAUAUUACUUGAGUUAGGGCUGCAACAAUACAUUAAGCGAUGAUAUGUCGCGAUAUUUUGAAUAUAGUACGAUACACAAUAUAUUUAGGAUAUGUUACGUAUUUUGUCGGUACUGAGUUUUUGUCUACUCAUAUCAGUUCCAACAUGCCGAAGGACAUUUCCAGCUCGGCAUGUACGUCAAGUCAUGUCCGUUUUGGACCAAGUCUAUUUCCACUUAUAAUAUUUCAAUUUAAGAUUCGCAACACCAUUUUUCUCUUUUCUUCUACUGUUACAAUAUUUAUCGGGAAA